AUGAGUGGUGCCGGUGCUCCUCGAACCAAUGCAUCAUUGAAUCAGAACCAGCCUGACCCCGGGCAUCGCAUCCGCCAUGGCUCCGAUGCGCAAGGCUCAACUCAAUUUGACGAACCUUGUUCCACUCGGUCCAAGUCCAAGUCCAGGUCCAGGUCCAGGUCCAGGUCCAGGUCCAGCAAGCCUUCCGGACCGCACGCUGCUGAAUCGAUCCUCGUCCCCUCUCCGCCCUCGUCACAUGGGAGUUUUCGUCAGCCGUCUGAUGGAAAACGCGACUCGACCUCGCCUCUUCGCAUCUUGACUGAUCUAUCGUCCACCGUACCGGUAGCUCCCAAAACCUGCGGCCGCGAGUCACAGCAUCCGCCUUCCGCCGCUGCCGGCCCGUCGCCCAUAGCACUCAAUCACAAGGCUUCCGCCGCCGCCGUCACCCUUCCUUUCCCCCUCUCCCGGACCCCAAGUGUCAAGGCCGCGUUUGCCAACUACUCGGGCUCGUUGGGCAACUGCAGCAGCACCAUCUCGAGUCCCGCAAUCACGGCCCUGGGAGACAUGACCCCUCUUCCCAGCCCACUGCUGUCGAGCGAUUCCCCUGGACCCUGGAGAAUACUUAACGCGGCAUCAACAUCCCCUCCUCCUCCUUCAACCCGAAGCAGGCUACCAGCAAGAAGCGAUACGUCGUGUUCCAUUUCGACAAACGACGAGUCGGUGGACGUGGAGGACCCCAUGUCCAGCCCGACCAGACGCAAGCAAUACGGGGGCUUGAAGGAGAACGGCUCCCCGCCUCUCCCCCACUCAUCUCGCCAAGCUACCCAAUCCAACCGUACCCGGCACUCGCGAGACCGAAGCAUCAGCGAGUAUAUUCCCGAGACGCCGUCCCUUAAGCGGAAUGUCGUCGUUUCGUGCUCCCACGUCGCCACGAAGCCUGCGUCGGAAGCCCAGGAAUCACUCAUGAGAAGAGAGAUGAACUUUGCCGAGUCGAGGGGAAUCACCGCCGCCGUGAUUCAGCCGCCGACCCCGCCGCCCAGUGAAUCAUCAAAGGAUUCUGUCGACGGUGCGAGGUCAAAGGACGGUGACUCGGAAUGGUUCCAAGCCCACGGCAGGCACGAUCGAAAGCGUCGUCGGUGGAGGUCAAUCGGCUUCCUGGGACAGGGCACCUUUAGCAGGGUCAUGCUGGCCAGCAGCCAAAUCGCGCCACGGGACCAUGCGCAGGAACAACCGGUCGGAAUCACCUCGCCGAUGGUGGCCGACGAGACAAAGCGCAGGAAGCUCGUCGCCGUCAAGGUCUGCGAGCACGGCCCCCGGGGCGGUGCCAGCGAGGAACGCAUCGAAAUGAGCCUCAAGAGAGAGCUCGAGAUCAUGCAAGACAUACACCACCCGUCCCUCGUCAACCUCAAGGCCUGGAGCAUAGAGCCGACGCGGGCCAUUCUCGUGCUCAGCUACUGUCCCGGCGGAGACCUCUUUGCCAUGGCAUCAACCAACACCAGGCUAUUCGCGCCGAGCCUCUUGCGCAGAGUAUUCGCCGAGCUGGUCGGCGCGGUCAAAUACCUGCACGAGAGAAACAUUGUUCAUCGAGACAUUAAGUUGGAGAAUGUCUUGGUCAACUUGACGCCUCCAGAGCUGGCCGACGCUUCGGUGGACUGGUCCACGUACCCGACAUCUGUCGUCACGCUCGCCGACCUGGGGCUAUCCAGACGAAUCGCGGACAAUGAGAAGCUCGAGACCCGCUGCGGGUCCGAGGACUACGCCGCGCCCGAAGUCAUCAUGGGCCAGCCGUACGACGGCCGCGCCACCGACGCCUGGUCCCUCGGAGUCCUGCUCUACGCCCUGCUGGAGCGCCGCCUGCCGUUCGACCCCCACCCGGGCAUGGGCGACGCCCACCGCAUGCGCAGCCGGACGAGCCACCGGAUCGCCAGGGUCGAGUGGCGCUGGGUCGAGUACGCCGGCGAGGACGGCGAGCACGAGGCCAGCGAGGCCAAGUUCCGGGAAAGGGGCCUGCUGGGCGCCAUGGAAAUCACCGAGGGGCUCCUCAAGCGGGCCCGCAGCCGCUGGGGGAUCGACAAGGCGGCGGGCCGGCCUUGGGUCAGCGACGCCAUCCGAGUAGACGGCGGCAUCAAGUUCCGAGACGAGGACGAGGGGGAGGAGGUCGAGCAGGCAAUCGCAUUGGGGUAG